UUGUGCAAACAAAUCGAUUCGUCAUGUCCUUGAGAUCAAGUGUUUAAGUCAUGUGAUACUUUCGGUUAUUGUAUCAGUGUUGUGCAUUUAGACUUAUUGUAUAAGUGUAUUUUUAAUGUAUCGGUGUUAAAUAAGUAAAUAAGAGUUUGACAUUUACACACGGAAUGGAAGUUUAUGUAUUCAUACUUAAAGGAAAUUAAGGUGAAAAUUCAAUAUGGCCGUCGCUGGCCGUAAGACGGAAACAAAAUUGUCAGCAAUCGGAACAUCACUAAACAUUUCGCAUAAUUGUGGACCUUGUGAAACUGAUAAGGACCAUAUUGAAGCCUUUGGGUACUGCGUAGAUUGUGAGGAUUAUCUCUGCAAUGUUUGCUUUAAGUCGCACGGUAAAAACAAAGCGUCUAGACACCAUAAACUUCUCACUUAUGAUGAGAUAUCGACUGAAAAUGUAUCUCAACUAAAAACCAGUACAUGUACGGAAAUAUGUACCGUACAUAAAAAAGAAUAUGUAAAGUUUUUCUGCCCAGAGCACAAAGUUCUCGGAUGUAAUGACUGUAUGACACUCGGUCAUAGAACAUGUGUAAUUCAGUACAUUCCAGAUAAAUGUAAAGGUAUAUCAGACUCCUUGGAGUACAAAACCACAGUAAGUAAAUUAGCACAAGAAUUAGAAGAAAUAAACUCGCAUAUUGUGAAAGUUAAUGUCAAAGAUGGCAUUGCAGAAAGUAUGCAUGCUCAAUGUAUAAAAGAACUAAACAAUUUCCAAGCUCAGUUAAAUGAACGCAUUGAUCAACUACGAAUACAGAUCCAAAACGAUGCCGACAAUAUAAAGUCAAAAAAUAAAGAAGACAAUCAAAAAGUCGUAAACGCUUUGCACGAGAAGAAAUCUAGACUGGAAGAAGCCGAGUUUGAUAUAAACAAACACAAAACUGCAAAUCAGGAAGGACAGCUGUUUAUAAGCAUAAAAAGAGCACAGUCCGUUCUCCGCGAAAAAGAAAAGAACGUGGGUCACAUGUCUGUUACGAAUGAGAAUAUGCUUUACAAAUUCGAGCCUAGCCAUCGCCUUAGGAGUAUUCUGGCAGAACCAGACAUUUUUGGGAAGCUAAAUCCACAAAAUCCAGAAUCUGUCGAAACUUUGGAACCUGUCACAAAUGGUGUCGUCGUCCUCAAUGUCCCAGAAGAUUUGACACGUGAUGCUGUGAAGAUGUACUUUGAGAAUGUAGGACAAAGUCAGGGAGGUGAAACAGAAACAGUUGAUGUUCAUGCUGACCAGAAAUACUGCCUAGUUUCCUUCAAAGACCAAAAAGUUGUCCAACGUGUAUGUGAGAAAAGAGACCGUACCAUUUCCGGUCACAAUGUUACCAUUCACAUGUGUAAUGAGUUUCUCGGACUACCGUAUUCAUUCACGCUGGAAGAUCACGAUCCCAAUGUAUUAAAGUACCUCAAGAACAAGGAAUCGAAACGGACACAAAUUGACAAAGAGUUAUCAAAUAAUAAUGCCAAGAUUCUAUGGGAUGAAAUUCCUUUACGCAUGCAAUUAUUGUUUAGAAACGAGGAUAAAUGUCGAUGCAAUCGUCUGCGGGCUUGGAAGGAGGAAACAAAACGGGUGAUUAAAACAUUUGCCGACGCUAUAUCUAUCAAGGUGGUCGCUUUCUCAGAGGCUGUUUGGGGAAAUGUCGUAAAGGCACUUGAGACAGUUGUAGUUUCUAAUCCUGAUAAAAUCGCAAUUUGUGUUGAUAAGGUUGUUCAUCAGGUAUAUAUAAGUUGUGAUGAUGGACAUACUGAGGCGGACAUAGAUAUUAUUCUAGAAAUAUUAACCCCCUUUGAAUGCAAAACAGAAAAUUGAUUACACAUACGUGCAUAAUUUUGUAUUUUCGUGUGCGUGUGUGUUUGCUUGCUUGUGUGUAAGUGAACGUUUGCAAAUACACUAGAACCAUU